UAGUGAAGCGGGGGCAAAGAAACAGAGCCGAGAGGAGUUUCCCCCAACUUCCAGGAAGUCCUGGCUCCUUGUCCCAGGUGGCAGCAGCAGCGGCAGCCCCAGAGCAGAGGGGGACCCCGGAGAAGGGGACAGCGGAGAGAGAGGCGAACUUCCCCCACCAGCCGGCUCGCUUGCUGCUCCAGCCUGCGCGGAGCGAGGGGCAGGGGGCAGCCGGAGCGGGGGACAGGGGCGCAGCGUCCCCGGGCGCUAGGGCAGCACCGGCCGGGAUGUCCGAGAAGAAGCGAGAAGGCAAAGGGAGGAAAGGCAAGAAGGGCGGCAAAGGGGCUGGCAGGAAAGCGGACCCCCAGGAGGGGGGCGCUGUGGCCGAACCUGGGGCAGCUGGGCCUCCCAAAUUGAAGGAACUGAAAAACCAGGAGUCUGCUGUGGGCCAGAAGCUAGUGCUCAGGUGUGAAGCCAAUUCCGAAUAUCCCGCUCUCAGAUUCAAAUGGCUAAAGAAUGGAAAAGAAAUAACCAAAAAAAACAAACCAGAAAAUGUCAAAAUCUCCAAAAAACAAAAGAAGUACUCGGAACUUCACAUUUCUAAAGCAUCGCUGGCGGACGCUGGGGAAUACACGUGCAAAGUGAGCAACAAACUAGGGAAUGACAGCACCAAAGCCAGCAUUACCAUCACGGACACCAAUGAGCACUCCAGCAAGACACCCGUAUCAACAGAAGGAGCAAAAUCUUCCUCACAGCCCGUGUUUGGGAUACAAGCAUCAACAGAAGGAACUAAUGCCUCCUCCUCCACUUCUACAUCGACUACUGGGACAAGUCAUCUCACAAAAUGUGACAUAAAGCAGAAAGCCUUCUGUGUCAAUGGGGGAGAGUGUUACAUGGUCAAAGACCUUCCAAACCCCCCCAGAUAUUUGUGCAGGUGCCCAAAUGAAUUUACUGGUGAUCGCUGCCAAAACUACGUAAUGGCCAGCUUCUACAAGCAUCUUGGGAUUGAAUUUAUGGAAGCAGAGGAACUAUACCAGAAAAGGGUCUUGACCAUAACUGGCAUCUGCAUUGCCCUCCUUGUAGUUGGCAUCAUGUGUGUUGUGGCCUACUGCAAAACCAAGAAGCAACGGAAAAAGUUGCAUGAUCGUCUUAGGCAGAGCCUGCGCUCUGAGCAGAACAACAUGGUGAACAUGGCCAAUGGGCCCCACCAUCCCAAUCCACCGCCCGAAAACGUCCAGCUAGUAAAUCAGUAUGUAUCUAAAAAUGUAAUAUCCAGUGAACACGUCAUUGAGAGAGAGACAGAGACGUCGUUUUCCACAAGUCACUACACCUCGACAACGCAUCACUCCACCACUGUCACCCAGACGCCCAGCCAUAGUUGGAGUAACGGUCAGACGGACAGCAUUAUCUCAGAAAGCCACUCGGUGCUUGUAAGUUCUUCUGUAGAGAACAGCAGGCACACGAGCCCAGCAGGGCCCAGAGGACGUCUCAGCGGCAUAGGAGGUCCACGAGAUUGCAACAGCUUCCUGAGGCAUGCAAGAGAGACCCCUGACUCCUACCGAGAUUCGCCUCACAGCGAAAGGUAUGUAUCAGCUAUGACCACACCGGCUCGCAUGUCACCUGUUGAUUUCCACACUCCAAGUUCUCCAAAGUCCCCCCCUUCAGAAAUGUCUCCACCGGUAUCCAGUUUAACUGUAUCUGUCCCUUCUGUGGCGGUCAGUCCCUUUAUGGAAGAGGAGAGGCCUCUGCUUCUGGUGACGCCACCUCGGUUACGGGAGAAGUAUGACCAUCACAUUCAGCAGUUCAAUUCCUUCCACCACAACCCCGCCCAUGAGAGCAACAGUCCGCCACCUAGUCCUCUGAGGAUAGUAGAGGACGAGGAAUAUGAGACCACACAAGAGUAUGAGCCAGCACGGGAGCCUCCAAAGAAACUAGUCAACAGCCGGAGGGCAAAAAGAACAAAGCCCAAUGGCCACAUUUCCAACAGAUCAGAAGUGAACACCGACACAAGCUCUGAGAGCAGUAGCUCUGAGAGUGAAACAGAAGACGAAAGAAUAGGUGAGGAUACACCUUUCCUGAGCAUACAGAACCCCAUGGCAACCAGCCUAGAGCCAGCCACUGCAUACCGACUGGCUGACAGCAGGACUAACCCAACUAGCCGGUUCUCCACACAGGAAGAAUUACAAGCAAGGUUGUCCAGUGUAAUAGCUAAUCAAGACCCUAUUGCUGUAUAAAACAUAAACAAAACGCAUAGAUUCACAUGUAAAACUUUAUUUUAUAUAAUGAAGUAUUCCACCUUUAAAUUAAACAAUUUAUUUUAUUUUAGCAAAUUCCACUAAUAGAAAACAGGAGGGGGAAAAAAACUUUUAUAAAUUAAAUAUAUGUAUGUACAAAUGUGUUAUGUGCCAUAUGUAGCAAUUUUUUACAGUAUUUCAAAAAUGAGAAAGAUAUCAAUGGUGCCUUUAUGUUAUGUUAUGUUGAGAGCAAGUUUUGUACUGUUACAGUAAUUGCUGUUCCACGGUAUUUUGCAGAAUCUUCCGACCUUCAGUUCUCCUGGCUUUUUUGUGCAUUGCGUCAUGGUAACUGGACGUAUGAUUUGCAAGAAUUGCAAAAGUCCCUAUGUUUGCUUGUAGUAGACUGCCCCCCCAAUCAAAAUACCCUGUAAUGACAUACCCACCAACAAAACAAGACUGUUGUCUUCUAUAAGAGGUUUUAUUUGCUUUUCGUAUCUGAAAUGAGUUGUGUCUGCUCUCUGCCAGCCAAAAGGUUUGCUUCAUUGGGCACUGGAAUAAUAGUACAUCAAAAGCAUGCUACUAUUAAUGACAGCAGGAUAACAAAAAUUGCAUUAAAUAAUGUUACAUAUUAGAAAGAGAGUAA